AUGUUGAGUACAGGUACUCAUUAUAAAGUUAUUUAACGACAGUCAUAUAUUCAUUUUCUGCGCCAGGUAUAGCUGUCGAUUCCCUUCAAUAUGUACAUAUUUCUUAUUGUUUAUAUUUAAAAAAAUUUAUUCGGCAUCAAAUGUAUCGGCACAGGCUCAGACCGGUGGUGGCUUGUUUAAUUAUAUGGUAUAGAUGUAUUUCUGUUAUGCUCUUGUUUUCUUUUGAAAUAUGAAAAAAAAAAGUAUUAAAAAUUCUUGACCUAUUUAUGUUUCAGGAGACCUUUUACGUUUACUCCGUUACAUAAAGGUUCCCCUUAUGACCCGGCAACCUUCGGGUUUUUGUUCCUGGCCGUAAGGAGUGCCUUUAUUCUGCCUGCUCACGAAGCCUACGAGCGUGGUGACUUCCGUCUUCGAGAAGACGCGAAGUCGUGGUAUCUUCUUUGUGAGAUAGACCAGUCAAGCGGAGUAAUCAAUGUAAAUAUAUUCUUUUUUUUUUUUAUUUUCUUAUAGUUCACUAGAUUCUAAUCAAUAGAUUUUCUGUCUUCUCCUCCCACAGUCUCUCACUACCCAUGCAUGUCGACGCAUGAUGAAAGAUAAUUUCACGCAAUACUUUUAAAUUUUAAUGUCACAAGUGUUGAUGUGUAUGGUUAAAAUAGAAUCUAUGACUACCGUCCAGUAUUUCUCGUGUAAUCACAAUAUUUCCUUUACUCUCAGAACACCAAGCCAUUACAAGGCCUUACGGCCGCGUUUAACCCUUGUGGCAAAGGCGGGAUUUUAUGUGCGGAAAUUAACGCAUCACUGCAAUGGAUCGGUUAGUUUUAAAAAAAAAAUUUAUUCUUUCUUCUUUCUUCUUUCUUCAUUCAUAUCGUAUUACUUUACUUUGAAACAAACGUUGUCCAUUUGAUAAUGAUCUUAUCGUCACUGUUUUUCAGCUUUAUAACAGGGUAUGGCCACGACAUUUAUUAUAAAUGAAACUUUAAAAAACAAUGGUACUUUUCCCAGGGAGAGUGUGGCCACCCUAUGCCGUCUGGGCGGCUGGUCAGAAAAAAGUGGAACAUGGUCGUUGUAUGUUAAGGAUGUUUUUGAAAAACAUCUGGACACAAGUUCAUCCCUCUAUCGGUAAGGAUCUCAGCAUAUCUUUUCCUUUGGAAAAGUCAGUAUAUCAAUUAAUCGAAGCAAUGUUUACGGCAUAAAGGGGGAAAUGAUAAUCAACAUAUAUAAAAGAUAAUUUCUGAUGAACGAUGAAACAAAAAGUUUGUUAGAGAAAUGAGCUUUGUGGCAAGUUUCGUGUGGAAAGCCACAUAAUUCGGUGGUUAUCUAUGAGAAUUAAAAUAAAGUAUUUUUUUGGACCGCACAAAAGUGACUGUUAUUCUCUUCGUAAUUUUCAGCGACCUCUGUCCAGACAACAGGACAACCUACCUGGAGGGCAUAAAAUCAGCAUACAAUUACAGGGUAGAAAAAAACCUCCAAACAAUGGAGAAUUGCCAUGCCAUAGAGGGCUUUGCAGGGUACCUGCAAGAUUUCAGAGACACUAGUCUCAACAUUUCGAUCGGGGAGACUGAGAAAGGUGAUUACUUUUAAUUUCAAUUUUCUGCAUGCAAUAAACCAAUUGAUCACAUGUCACGAUAUGUGAAUUUAACUUUUCUUUUUUUCCUACAGAACUUGAAAAAAUGAAAAAAGGGGAAAGCGAUGAAUUUAAAGGUGCUUUACACAGAUUCCUUGUUUAGUCGUUGUUUUUGAUUGUGUUCAAAGUCACAGACCACAAGAUUUAGUUUAAUUCAUUUUUGCAUUCAUAUUAUAUUCUUACAUUUGGUACAUAAUGAAUUUCAAUGUCCUUAUGUACUCUCAGGAAUGACAAUGAAGGCCCUCAUAUUUAAAAUAAAAGCCCUAAAACAACAGGCUGUGUUUCGCUUUGCCUCCGCCUACAACGCUCAACAACAUGAUGAGGCCAGGGCGAAAAAUCCACCACCGCACCCAAACAAA